CUAUUUUUCACAUAACACACAAACACACCUUCCUCUGUGUGUGUGUGUUUUUAUAUACAUUGCUACUGAUAAAGACUAGCUACUAGCUAGACUAUUUUUAGUUAUACGUACGUAAGAAUGGCUAGCUCAAAAUCAUCACUUGCCAUAUUUUUGUGUCUGAUACUUGCAGUUUUAAGAAAUGUUGUUCUUGAAGCUGAAGCUAGAGCUUUCUUUGUGUUUGGAGACUCAUUAGUUGACAAUGGCAACAACAACUACUUGGCUACGACUGCAAGGGCCGACGCAUAUCCUUAUGGGAUUGAUUAUCCCACUCACCGUGCCACAGGCCGGUUCUCUAAUGGAUUUAACAUUCCUGAUCUUAUCAGUCAAGCCAUUGGAGAAGAAUCAACAUUGCCAUACUUGAGUCCAUAUCUCACUGGUGAAAGGUUGCUUGUCGGUGCAAAUUUUGCUUCUGCUGGUGUUGGGAUACUGAAUGACACAGGAGUACAGUUUAAUAACAUAAUAAGGAUCGGACUGCAAAUGCAAUACUUUCAACAGUAUCAGGAAAGGGUGAGUGAUAUCAUUGGCCCUGAGCAGACUCAAGCGCUUGUUACUCAAUCUUUAACACUCAUCACAUUGGGAGGCAAUGAUUUUGUAAACAAUUACUAUUUAGUCCCAUUCUCAGCAAGAUCUAGACAGUUUGCUCUUCCAGAUUAUGUUGUCUACUUGAUCUCCGAAUACCGUAAAGUUUUAGCGAGGCUUUAUGAAUUGGGAUUAAGAAGAGUUUUGGUCACGGGUACCGGACCAUUGGGAUGCGUGCCAGCCGAACUAGCCCAACGAGGUCGAAAUGGUAAUUGCGCGCCCGAAUUGCAAAGAGCAGCAGCCUUGUUCAACCCUCAGCUUCAAGCAAUGAUUAAUAGUCUCAAUAGUGAGAUUGGGAGCAAUGUGUUUAUUGGUGCCAAUAUUCAACAAACCAACAUCGAUUUCAUCUCUGACCCAGGAAGAUACGGAUUUGUUACGUCGAAGAUAGCAUGUUGUGGACAAGGACCAUUUAAUGGAAUCGGGCUAUGCACACCAUUAUCAAACUUGUGUCCCAAUAGAGAUAUAUAUGCAUUUUGGGACGCUUUCCAUCCUUCUGAGAAGGCAAACAGACUCAUUGUUAGGAAUAUUUUGUCGGGAACGACCGAUUACAUGUCACCGAUGAAUCUUAGCACCAUCAUGGCUUUGGAUGCAGCUACCAAUUCUCGCAUUCCCCAUCGGCCAUCGGCGCAUCCCACUGAACUGAAGACGAGUAGACGACUGAAGAUUGAAGUGAAGGUCCUCUGUCCUCCGGCGCUUAGCCGCUCGCACACAUCCGAGGCUCCGACGGAACCCCAAACCUCCGGCGCCGCCAAAUACGAGGAAUUGGGGUGUGGUCAAGGGAGUUGCAUGGAUGAGGAUUUUACUUGA